AUGGCUGCCAACACCCAAUCUCAACAAAUCAAACAAAACUUCCUCAACCACCCUUACACCCAACAAGCUUCCAAAUUCGCUACUGGGCAAGUUAACGCUCUUGAUGCUGAACUCAACAAAUACCCUCUCCUCAGAAACAUUGAACAACAAACCAAGGUCCCUAAGGCUUAUGGUGUUCUCUCAUUAGCUGCCUCUUCCGUCGUUUUGAUCUUCUUCAACUUCCUCGGCCUUGCUCAACCCGUCUCCAAUUUCAUCGGAUGGGCUUUACCUGCAUAUUUAUCUAUCCAAGCUAUUGAAUCUCCUCAAUCAAACGAUGACAAACAAUGGUUGACUUACUGGGUCGUCUUCGGUUCGCUCAACUUGGCUGAAUCCCUUGGUGUUCGAGCUAUCCUUUAUUGGGUCCCAAUGUACUUUGUUUUCAAGACUCUUUUCACCAUCUGGCUCAUGCUUCCCGCUACUCGAGGUGCCGAGACCCUUUACUACCACGUCCUCCGACCUGUCAUUGGAAACGUCAAGCAAAAGUCCCAACAAACCACCGGUCACUCUAACCCAUUCACCAAAGAGACCUCUUCCGGAUUCAACCCUGCUGGAACUACUGCUCCUUCCAGCUUUGAGCACGAAAAGACCCUUUAA